CAUCACACCAACCGACCACCAUGUCCGACGAUGAAAUGAAUAUCGAUGAAGUCGCUAACGGCGGCGGCGCUGUGAGGCGGAGAGGCAGGGGAUUCCAAAACACAGCAGGUGGAAAUGAUGGCACAAUCACCACUGAGCCCACUUACGACAGGGUUGAAUCCUCUCAUGUCAAGGAUGACACGAGAGCCGCACGAUCCGUUGAAGGUUGGAUCGUCUUGGUCACCAACGUACACGAGGAGGCAACGGAGGAAGACGUCACGGACAAGUUUGCAGAGUUCGGAGAGAUAAAAAAUCUCCAUUUAAAUUUGGACCGGCGCACGGGUUAUGUCAAGGGCUAUGCACUCGUGGAAUAUGAGACCAUGGCUGAGGCUCAGACUGCUAUUGAUGGCGCGUCGGGAACGCCAUUACUAGAACAGAUGGUCCAAUGCGACUACGCAUUCGUUCGGCCCCCUCCAUCGGGCCCGAAAAAAGGCAGAGGAGGUCGGGAAGGGCGCGGUCGGAGUGCCAGUCCGUCACGCAGACAGAGAGACUGAGCUUUGUUUACUGUAACUUGAUCAUUCCUGUUCUCCUGCAAUUACAUCUGUUCCCCGAUGCGACAUGACGGCGCGCUUAUAAAAGGUCCCGGCGA